AGGAAAGAGGGCAGUUUGACAGACCACCGGAAUAGAAGCUAAUCGUCCCAGUGACCGCUCACUCUAAUCUGGGGGAGAGUUUAAGCGAGAGAAUCGACCCGGUGGAUUCGGGCCUGGCUGAGAGACAUCUCCUUGCAGAUUGGAGGCAGGAAGCCGACUUGGACAAAGGGGACAUGGAAUCAAUGCUGUGCAGCGGACAUGCCUGCUUCCCUGUACCGCCCGAAGGCUGUGGGCUUAAAACCAUGGAGCUGUAUUACCUGAGCAUGCAGAGAGGGCGCGAUCAGGGGGACAAGAUGGAGGACCUGGGCAAGAAGCGCAGGCUGAGGGUGUGUGUGGCCACCUGUAACCGCGCCGACUACUCCAAACUGGCCCCCAUCAUGUUUGGCCUCAAGGCCGACCCUGACAGCUUCCAGCUGGAGGUGGUGGUGCUGGGGUCCCACCUCAUCGACGACUACGGGAACACCUUCCGCAUGAUCGAGCAGGACGACUUCGACAUCGGCUCCAAGCUGCACACCAUCGUGCGCGGGGAGGACGAGGCCGCCAUGGUGGAGUCGGUGGGCCUGGCGCUGGUCAAGCUGCCGGACGUGCUGCAGCGGCUGAGCCCGGACGUGCUGGUCGUCCACGGCGACCGCUUCGACGCGCUGGCGCUGGCCACGGCGGCGGCGCUGAUGAACAUCCGCAUCCUGCACGUGGAGGGCGGCGAGGUGAGCGGCACCAUCGACGACUCCAUCCGCCACGCCAUCUCCAAGCUGGCGCACUACCACGCCUGCUGCACCCGCAGCGCCGAGCAGCACCUCAUCGCCAUGUGCGAGGACCACACCCGCAUCCUGCUGGCCGGCUGCCCCUCCUACGACAAGCUGCUCUCCGCCCAUCGCCGCGACGACCACAUGGACAUCAUCAAGGCCUGGCUGGGUGAUCACGUAAAGAAGCAGAACUACAUCGUGGCUCUGCAGCAUCCUGUCACCACCGACAUAAAGAACUCCAUCAAGAUCUACGAGCUCAUGCUGGACGCACUCAUCUCUUUCAACAAGAAAACCCUCAUCCUCUUCCCCAACAUCGACGCAGGCAGUAAGGAGAUGGUGCGGGUGAUGAGGAAGAAGGGCGUCGAGCAGCACCCGAACUUCCGGGCGGUGAAGCACGUGCCGUUCGAGCAGUUCAUCCAGCUGGUGUCGCACGCGGGCUGCAUGAUCGGCAACAGCAGCUGCGGCGUGCGGGAGGCGGGGGCCUUCGGGACGCCCGUCAUCAACCUGGGCACCCGGCAGACGGGCAGGGAGACGGGUGAAAACGUUCUGCACGUGCGUGAUGCGGACACCCAGAAUAAGAUCUACCACGCCCUGGAGCUGCAGUUCGGGAAGCGCUACCCCUGCUCUAAGAUCUACGGGGACGGGAACGCGGUGCCGCGCAUCCUGAAGUUCCUGCAGAACAUCGACCUGGACGAGCCGCUGCAGAAGACCUUCCGCUUCCCCCCGGUGAAGGAGUGCAUCUCACAGGACAUCGACCACAUCCUGGAGACCCAGAGCGCGCUGGCCGUGGACCUGGGGGGCACCAACCUGCGCGUGGCCAUCGUCAGCAUGAAGGGUAAAAUAGUGAAGAAGUACACGCAGGCCAACCCUAAAACGUACGAGGCGCGCAUCGAGCUCAUCCUGAGGAUGUGUGUGGAGGCCACGCUGGAGGCCGUGGACUUCAACUGCAGGGUCCUGGGAGUGGGCAUAUCGACGGGGGGUCGGGUGAACCCCCAGGAGGGCGUGGUCCUGCACUCCACCAAGCUGAUCCAGGAGUGGAGCUCAGUGGACCUGCGCACGCCCAUCUCCGACAAGCUCCACCUCCCCGUGUGGGUGGAGAACGACGGCAACUGCGCCGCGCUCGCGGAGAGGAAGUUCGGCCACGGCAAGGGGGCGGAGAACUUCGUCACCGUCAUCACCGGGACAGGCAUCGGCGGGGGCAUCGUGCAGCACGGGGAGCUGAUCCACGGCAGCAGUUUCUGCGCGGCUGAGCUGGGCCACAUCAUGGUGUCUCUGGACGGGCCCGAGUGCAGCUGCGGGGGGCGGGGCUGCGUGGAGGCGUACGCGUCCGGCCUGGCCCUGCAGCGCGAGGCCAAGAGGCUGCACGACGAGGACCUCUUGCUGGCGGAGGGCAUGUCUCUGAAGAAGGAGGAGCCGGUCAGCGCCAUCGACCUCAUCAACGCCGCGCGCCAUGGCAACACCAAAGCCGACGCCGUCCUCAGGACCGCUGGCAAUGCUCUGGGCAUUGGCAUAGUCAACAUCCUGCACACGGUCAACCCCUCGCUGGUCAUCCUAUCGGGCGUGCUGGCCUCCUUCUACGAGAGCCCCGUCCAGCAGGUGAUUGGCCAGCGUGCCCUAAGCUCCGCCCAGGGCAUACGGGUGGUGACCUCUGACCUGGAAGAGCCUGCCCUGCUGGGCGCGGCCAGCAUGGUGCUGGACUACACCACCCGCCGGACUUACUAGAGCGCCCACCACCGUGCCUGGCCAAUCACAGCCCUGCGACCGCACGGAUGGAGCGACGCGAUUGGAUAAGGAGCCUCUCUCUCUCUGUCUCUCUCUGUCUCUGUGUCUCUCUCUCUCUCUCGUCAUUGGCCAGAUCUGCCUUCAUCCAGACCCCCCCCCUAUCUGGGGUACUUCAGAGCUCAUUUUCCAAACCUGUUCUUCGAUCGGCGCGGGACGGACAGGAGGCUAGCGCCGCCGUGCAGCCACGCACACGCUCACAUAGCCGCUCCGCUUCAACUUCCUGUCGCUUAGCGUCACCAGGCUCUACAUCUCAAAGGGUUUUCAUGCUUUAUAUAGCCAAGUGCUGAAACUUUACAUUGUUUUACAGGCCCGUCUUCAAUCGACAUUCGUGCUGAACUCGUCUCACAGCUGCACUCGUCUUUCAGAUCCACUUUUUGCCCAGUCUCAGUGUGGCGUGUUUCAGUGACCGCUGGACUGGUUAGAAUGCGCUGGGGGGGACGGGUUCCUGCUUUUAACUGUCAGUGAAAGCUCAUUACAAAUGUUGAUUGACAAAGAGGCUUUACAGGACACUAGGAAGACAGGACGUUUUGCGCGUAUAUUAGUACGUUAUGUUCGUCUAUAUACAGAAGUGUGUGUGUGUGUGUGU